AUGCAGCAACCAGUCUCCGCCAAACGAGCGACGGGGGGCCCGCCCAACCCCGUCGACCACACCGGGCUCUGCCUGCUGUCGCUCGACGGCGGGGGCGUGCGUGGCCUAUCGACCCUCCAUAUCCUCAAGAGCCUCAUGACCCAGGUGAAUUACGAACGCCAGAAGAGCGGAGCUCCGGCGCUCAAGCCAUGCGAAUUGUUCGAUCUCAUCGGCGGGACCAGCACCGGCGGCUUGAUCGCCAUCAUGCUCGGCCGGCUCGAGAUGGACGUGGACGAGUGCAUUGUAGCCUACAAUAAACUGACUAAGGCUAUAUUUGAAGAGAAGGCGCACUGGACACCGUUCAACUGGUCAGGACGAGUUCAAUCACGAUUCGACAGUAACAAACUCAAGGCCGUCAUCGACGACGUCAUCACCCGUCAAGGUUACUCUCCGACGGAACCGUUCAACGACGGGAAACCGCGCGGAUGUAAGGUGUUCGUCUGUACGGCGGCGAAGGACCCAUACGGAAUCACACGCCUCCGAAGCUAUGACCUGCCCCAGAAACCGAACGUGUCGGCGACCAUCUGUGAAGCCGCCCUAGCCACAUCGGCCGCCACCGGCUUCUUCGAUCCGGUGUCGAUUGGAGCGCGACAGUUUAUGGAUGGUGCGUUGGGGGUGAACAACCCGGUGGAAGAGGUGAAAGGAGAAGCGGCCGACAUUUGGUGUGCUGAAUCCGGCGACGUCAAACCGCUGGUGAAGUGCUUUAUCUCGAUCGGGACGGGGAAUCCCGGUAAGAAGGCGGUUAAAGAUAAUUUACUGAAGUUCUUGUCGAAGACGCUGGUCCAGAUCACAACGGAGACCGAACAGACAGCUAAGCGAUUUUCGUCGGACUGGCGGAAGCACUUAGACCAGAACCGAUAUUUCCGUCUCAAUGUCGAGCAGGGACUCCAGGACGUCGGCUUGGCGGAGUAUAAAGAGCAAGGUCGCAUCGAGGAGGCGACGCAUCAAUACCUGGACGACCAACAUCAGAUCUCCCGCGUGCGGCACUGUGUAGCGAAUUUAAAGCAGAAGCAGAGUCGUGCGGUCCUUCCCUGCUAUCAUAUUCCCCUUCCACGGAAUAAGCGCUUUGUCGGCCGGGAGGAGGUAAUCCGCGCGCUACGGCAACAGCUAUUCACCUCCGACGCCGGCAACAAAGUCUCUCUUGUGGGAUUGGGUGGUGUGGGAAAAACCCAGGUGGCAUUCCAAAUCGCCUACUGGACGAAAGAGCACAAGCCGGACCAUUCCGUGUUCUGGGUGUCGGCCUUGAGCGGCGCGAGCUUUGAACAAGCCUAUACCGAGAUAUCGAAGAAGCUGACGGUGCGAAAGAGCUCGGAAGACGAGGAUGUCCGGGAAUCUGUCCGACGAUGGCUCGAGUCCGACGAAAGUGGAAAGUGGCUACUCGUGGUAGACAAUGCGGAUGCCAUGGACGUCUUGUUUGGCUCUCCCGAGAACCCGGACGGGAUCUUUCAGUACCUGCCAGAGAGCGACCAUGGCCGGAUCCUAUUUACGACGCGGUCCCGGGAGGUGGCCAACGCCGUGGAAGGCGAGAUGGUUGAAUUAGCCCAGAUGAGCGCCGAAGAGGCGAAGAGCCUACUAGAGAAGUCGUUAGAGAAGUCGUUAGUGCGGGAGGACCUUCUCAGGAACGACAAGGGAGUGGCGGAAUUACUGCAGGAGCUAACCUACCUCCCACUAGCGAUUACACAGGCAGCGGCAUACCUGAGCAGGAACCGAGUGACGAUCACGAAAUAUAUGGAACUGCUCCGGGGAACGGAGCAGGACAUGGUUGGACUGAUGAGUCGAGAGUUCCACGAUUCCACCCGGCCUAGAGGGUCACGACACGCCGUGGCCACCACGUGGCUAGUAUCAUUCCACCAGAUCCGACAGUCCGACCCUGCGGCCGCCGAUCUGUUAAUGUUCCUCUCGUGCAUCGACCCGAAGGCCGUUCCACAGUCCAUUCUGCCUCUCUUUCCGACCGAAGAGGCCAUGGUAUUUGCCCUCGGAACGUUGGAUGCAUACGCAUUCGUGGUGCGGCGGGGAAACUCAGACACGUUCGACAUACAUAGCCUCGUGCACUUGGCUACGCGGAUUUGGGUUCGAGGAGAGGGGGUCGCGGCGCGAGUGGAGGAGAAUGCCGUCCAGCAUGUGACGAGUGUGUUCCCAUCGAGUGACUAUAGCCAGCGAGAUCUAUGGCGGGCGUACCUACCGCAUGCACUGCGUCUUCUCCAGCGAGACGAUACGGCCGACUUAGUGGAGAGAUAUAAUCUUUACUCAAAGGCGGGACUGUGUUUACAAGUUGAUGGUCGGAUUAAGGAAGCGGUCAGAUGUUUCCAAGAGUGCUAUGAUUGGCGGAGGGAGCAUCUUGAUGAGGAUCAUCGUGAUCGACUGGCAUCGCAGCACGCGCUGGCUAUCGCAUAUCGGGCGGAUGGACAGGUGAAAGAGGCAGUGACGCUACUGGAAGAGGUGGUGCGGAUCAAAGGGCAGACACUGGCGAAGGAUCAUCGUGAUCGACUGGCAUCGCAGCACGAGUUAGCAGGAGCAUAUCGGGCGAAUGGACAGGUAAAAGAGGCAGUAAUGCUACUGGAGGAGGUGAUGCGGAUUCGCGAGCAGACACUAGCGGAGGAUCAUCGUGAUCGACUGGCAUCGCAGCACGCGCUGGCUAUCGCAUAUGAGGCGAAUGGACAGGUGAAAGAGGCAGUGACGCUGCUGGAGGAGGUGGUGCGGAUUGAAAGGCAGACACUGGCGGAGGAUCAUCCCUCUCGACUGGCAUCGCAGCACGCGUUGGCUAUCGCAUAUAAGGCGAAUGGACAGGUGAAAGAGGCAGUGACGCUGCUGGAGGAGGUAGUGCGGAUUGAAGGGCAGACACUGGCGGAGGAUCAUCCCUCUCGACUGGCAUCACAGCACGCGUUAGCUAUCGCAUAUGAGGCGAAUGGACAGGUGAAAGAGGCAGUGACGCUGCUAGAGGAGGUAGUGCGGAUUCACAGGCAGACGCUGGCGGAGGAUCAUCCCUCUCGACUGGCAUCACAGCACGUGUUAGCUAUCGCAUAUGAGGCGAAUGGACAGGUGAAAGAGGCAGUGACGCUGCUGGAGGAGGUGGUGCGGAUCAAAAGGCAGACGCUAGUAGAGGAUCAUCCUGAUCGACUGGCAUCGCAGAACGAGUUGGCAGGAGUAUAUGAGGCGAAUGGACAGGUGAAAGAGGCAGUAGCGCUACUGGAGGAGGUAGUACGGAUUCGCGGGCAGACGCUGGCGGAGGAUCAUCCCUCUCGACUGGCAUCACAGCACGCGUUAGCAGGAGCAUAUUGGGCGAAUGGACAGGUGAAAGAGGCAGUGACGCUGCUGGAGGAGGUGGUACGGAUUAAAGGGCAGACACUAGCAGAGGAUCAUCCUGAUCGACUGGCAUCGCAGCACAAUCUCGCCAUUAUGUUAUGCGAUCUGGGCUAA